CGCUUUCGUUUAUAAUGCGCUGUACACGGUUUCACUUCGAAGCUUGAGAUAAAACUUUCGUCUCCUUAGGUAAAAAGGGACGUGAUAUUGAACUGUCAAAAUUAUUUUGAUUAAACCAACGGAUAGAGAAUUGGUUGGAGAUCACGUUGGUUCAGAAUGCAGGCUCUGCUUGACGUUCAUUAGUUUAAGGGAGUAGAAAUUUAUUUUACUUUCAAAAUGGCUAAGGUAUAUCAGCCUGAUCAAGAGCUAGAAACAAAAGUAAAAAAAGCUACGGAGAGGAUCUCGGAGAACAUGCACAUAGUGGCAAACGAGCCAUCUCUUGCUUUCUACCGACUACAAGAGCAUGUUAGAAAAGCAUUACCGCCAAUGAUUGAAAAACGAGUGGAAGUUCUGGCACUUCAACAGCAGCUGCAAGGCCGUUGCUACGAUGUAGAGUAUGCAGUGACCGCAAUCAAAGCUAUGGAAGGAGCUGGAAAGAACUACGACAAUACCUUGGACCUGAUUAAAAAUGCAAUAUUCUUCAAACAGCAAUUAAAAUAUCAGGAACAGCGGAGGCUCAAAAAAGACGGAUCUCGAGACUCUGUGUACAAGAGACUGUCUGCGCACAUUCCAACCCUAGAUCAUCUCCCCGAUGAAAUAUCAGAUGUCGUCAGAGAGACUGCUAACAAGGUCGAGUCUAUGAUGAACCAUGCCAGAAAUUCAGGCAGCGAUCAGAAAAGCUAUAUCUAAUUAUAUUUCUUUAUGUUAUUUUAAAUUAUUUGAGCAAGUUUGAGAAUGAAAUAAUAUCACAUUUUAUCGGUU